AAGUUAUACCUGAAGCUGAACCAAGUAAAAGAAAACAUAAAUUAGCUAGUGAUCAAGCACCAUUAUCUGAGUUUUUAGAAAGCACCAAACUGACCCCACAAUGUGAAAGUAAUAUUAAUUUAGCUUUAGUUAGAGCAUUUAUAAUCUGUAAUAUACCUUUUCAUAUUAUUAGCAAUCCAUAUUUUAUUGAUGCAUUGCGAGAAUUAUGGCCUAAAUACCAACUACCAUCAAGACAAUUACUUGCAGGUCAAUUAUUAAAUGCUGAAAUAAUUAAAGUUAAUCAAAAUAUUAUUAAUGUUUUAGAAAAAGCAAGCAAUUUGACUCUUGAUUUAGAUGGGUGGACAGAUCCAAGUGGAAAAUUAUUAUGGAAUUUUGUAAUUCAUACUCCUGCUGGACAAGAAUAUCUUUGA